CCCGCCUCCGAGCCGGUGGCCGGAAGUGAUAGCUCGUCACGGGCAGGUCAGCGGUGACGAGCGAGGCGCGCGCCGGAAGUGGUGGUUGGGGCGUGGGGCCGAGGGGGAGCCGGACGAGGAGCAGGAUGGGGAAACAAAAGAAAGCGAGGAAAUACGCCACCGUGAAACGCAUGAUCAGCCUCCGAGACCAGCGCAUCAAACAGACGGAGCGUGCAAAAUCCAAUGUGAAAAAGAAGGAUGAUCCCAGUGCAAUCAAGGAAAGAGAGGUCCCUCAGCACCCUUCCUGUUUGUUCUUCCAGUAUAACACACAGUUGGGCCCACCCUAUUAUAUUCUGGUUGAUACAAACUUCAUCAACUUCUCCAUUAAAGCCAAGCUGGACCUGGUGCAGUCAAUGAUGGACUGUCUCUAUGCCAAGUGUAUCCCCUGUAUCACAGAUUGCGUGAUGGCUGAAAUUGAGAAGCUAGGGCAGAAGUACCGUGUGGCACUAAGGAUAGCCAAAGACCCGCGAUUUGAACGCCUGCCUUGCACACACAAAGGGACCUAUGCAGAUGACUGCUUGGUGCAGAGGGUCACUCAGCAUAAGUGUUACAUAGUGGCCACGGUGGACAGAGACCUUAAGCGGAGAAUCCGGAAGAUUCCUGGAGUCCCUAUCAUGUAUAUUUCCAACCACAGGUAUAACAUUGAGAGGAUGCCAGAUGAUUAUGGAGCCCCUCGAUUCUAACUCCCGGCUACAGAUGUUCCCAUCACAUAUCACUACCAAGCGCCAGGAUUCUAAACCAAGUUACAGUGCUUCUCUGUUUCUAACCCCGCCCCCCUCUUCCCUCCCUCUGCUGGGAUUGCUCUCAGGGCUGCCGAUGACACUGGACUGAUUUCUUAGGCCUUGGCUUUGCAGCUUUGGUCUUCUAAUGAAAAGCCAUUUUGGAUCUUUCUACCUUUAUUCACCCUUGUUCUGCCUAAACCCAUUGGUUAAAUCAGCAUGUGUGGGAGGGAGUACUAGGACCCAGGGAGUGCAUCUGCCUAGCUUCCUCCUCAUUCUGCAGGUGGGGUAUUUAGAGAAAGUGCCAAGGAAGGAUCCAGCAAUGGAA